AUGUGGUAAUUGCCAAAGAUGAAAUUAUUAUAAAUAUAUGCACAUUACAUAAAAUGUUUGUCAGUGACUUUAACUUAUAUUGUGCAAAAUAUGUUGAAGGCUGCCCGAAGGCAAUUCAACAGACGUUCUGGUCAACUUUUAGCAUGGCUCGAGAACUUGCUUCAUUUAAUAACAAAUUAUAUCCAGAAGAACUUGAUGAUGCAUUUGCAACAUGCACAUUAUUAGGCACGUCGAUAUUAAAAAAUUGGUUCGUAGGAAAGGAUGAAAUCAUAAAUAUAUAUAGUUCAAACAAUACAGUUCCAGAAUUGUAUGAUUUCUAUAAAGAUCAUAACAUAUUUGAAGCAAAAAAAUUAAUUCCUAUUAUCACAAACUUGCAACAACGUGUUACGGAAUUAAUCGUAAUGUGGCCUGAACAUGCAAUACUUCACCAAAUUAAUAAUAUUUGCGAAAGGAUCAAGGGAUUCAAUUUAAAUUCACCUAUUGCAAAAUUCCUUACAGGAUUAGAAAUUUUAUUACAAAAAACUGAAGAUUGGGAAACGUAUGCUAGUAGAGAUACAACAAUUAAACCAUAUCAAAAAGAAAUUAUUGGACUUAUUAUUCAAUGGAGGCAACUUGAAUUGACUUGCUGGCCAAAGUUACUGGCGGUACAAGAAAAAUAUUAUGAAUUAUCCGCAUCCAAAUGGUGGUUCCACCUCUUUAACUGUAUAAUUCUGCCCAUAGAUAAUCUUAAAAAGCAAUCAUCUUACGAUAGAACAACUGCAAUUUUCCAACAGCACAUAAAUGAAAUUGUUCGCACUCUUGAUCAAUUCCUGCAAUCGUCGAAAUAUGGUGACUUUAAAUCUCGGCUCGAAUUAAUCCGUUGUUUCUACGAACAUCUUUGUAUAUUGGAUCAUUUUUCAAAAGUUAAUGCGCAUAAUAAUUCAAGUGAUGAAACGUAUAAAUCGCUUUAUAAACAAGCAGCUGAUGUGCUUUGGAACGUCUACAAGUACUAUUCCCAAUUUCUUUAUGAACUUGACAAUGCAUUAGUUGAUAUGCGUAAGCCUAUAGAAAAAGACCUUGGUCAAUUCGUAAAGAUUGCUAGUUGGAAAGAUAUAAAUAUUUAUGCCUUAAAGCAAAGUGCCCAAAAAACCCAUCGACACUUAUCGAGAUGUAUUCGAAAAUAUCGAGAUGUACUUGAUAGGCCAGUUACUGAUAUUAUAGCAUCCUGUCAAACGAUUUUCCCCAAGAGCCAGUUAGGAAGUAACAGUUCCAAUUCUGUUGAAUAUUGUACGUACGAUUGCCCGGAAAAUUGGUUUCCGAACACUAUUCCUAUUGAUCCUCCUGCAACGACAUUAGAGCUACAAAUAGAAUUAUGCAAAGAAGUAUUACCUGCACCUGACCGAUUCAUAAACAUCGACAAAACCUUGAAAAAAUUCCGUUAUUAUUGUCUUAAUGAUAUUUUCUUAUAUAGGCCACUUAGUAAAAAACCUAUUCUCGAUGAUUUUGCUACAGAAAUUAUUGCGCGAAUAAAAACGCUUCAAGAACAAACACAUUACAUAAUGGAUAAAGACAAAAAAAACUAUAUCAUAAAUCUUAAAUUGGUAAAGAAAAAAUCUUUAGUUGAUCUUUUAAAAGAAUUGAAAAGGAUCGGAUUGCGCAAAUUUCCAAAUACAAAGGUUAUAAAGCAACAACAAGAUCUGGUUGGCUAUACUUUUCAACUCCCUAGAAUUCAAAUAACCAAAUCAUUGUAUGAAACUGUAGAAUCCUUACUCCAUAAGGACGAGCCCACAUCAAAACCUCCAACUAUGCAUAUUUUCAUACCAAUUUUGCAAAAAGCUGAUGAUUAUUAUUACCGAAUUAUUGCUCAAAUGACACAUCUUCGACAAAUAUCCACAACUCAUUCUAAGGAUCUUUCACUUCAAGAAGUACAGAAAGGAUUAGGUUUUUUAGAAGACUUAUUAUGUUUGUUAAUAGAAGAAAGAAGAUCCUUGUGCGAAUUAGAACAAGAGUACAUUGGACUUUCGGGAGUCAUGGUACAAUUAGGCUCAAUAUAUUCAGCAUACAAUUCCCAUCGCUUAAAUGCUAAAGACUGUGGAUUAGUGUGUCUCGAUUCUUUCGAUGAAAAAAGUGUGUGGAAUAUCAAAAUGCUCUUAGAUGAUAUAGAAUGCAUGUUAUUACAUUCACGCUUACUAUUUAAUAUUCAAAAACAAUUCUCAAAACGUGAAGUUUCUUUUGAAUAUGAAGAGAUUAGUCAUAAUAUUGGUAAUUUGCUUGAGAUAAUCUCUGCAGCUCGAAAGAGAUUUAUUUGUGUAUUCGACAGGAUCGUUCUAUAUCCUGACUAUGCAAACGGAAGUGCUGUAAUUAUAACUCAGGAUAUUAUACAAAUGGCCAAGAAUGAGAUUCAUAUAAUUAAUACUUUGUAUACAUAUGUUAAAGAUCUAUGCUCUCGGCAUUUGGAUCUUUCACACAUUUUCCAACCGCUUUGUGAAUACAUAACUUCUAAAAAUAACCUAUUUCAAUUUUCGAAACAAGAUAAUUAUACGCAUCCAAGCUUAAAUAAAGAAACAAAGUUAACUCUCGGACGAAUUGUUCACAAAAUCAACAAUUUACUUGAUGAGAUCCUACUAUGUAUCCAAAAUUUAAGAAAACUGUCCGCUCAAAACGACAUUCAUCACCAACAUCAAGAAGACAUGUGUGAUGGUUAUAUCCGCUAUGAACAUGAAUGCUAUCUAAACUUUUUAAAGAAACUGCAAUUAAAAAUUACUUUGGAUCAUUUCAAUGAGAUCCAUUCACAACUUUCUGAAUUAAUGGAUGAUAAUAGAUUUAAAAAUGAUAUUUGUCAGGAUUUAAUUUCAUGUUUAUUACAAAGAAUCUUUCCAUUUAUUCAGCAGCACUUUAUAAUCGUUAAUGGAUUUAUGAUAAAUUUCAUUUUACAUCAUAAAUCAUUGUGUAAACUCUCAUUGGUACUUUGUAACUCUUUUGUAACCAUAUUCACAAAAGGAUUCUGCAUGCCGGAAACAGAAAUGAAAGAUGAUGAACCAGGAGAUAUUGAUGAUAAUGCACAAGGAACUGGUAUUGGUGAAGGUGAUGGCACAAAAGAUGUGAGUGACGAAAUUGUCAAUGAAGAGCAAGUGCUGGGAACUCAGAAUCAGGCUGAGAAGUUAUCAGGCGAGCCAACUAAUCCAAACAUAGAAAAUAAUGGAAUUGAAAUGGAAAAUGACUUUGAAGGAACACUAGAAAGUACUGAACAACUUGACGAUACGGAUUCAUCUCAGGAGGACGAUGACUUGUCGAAUUUGGAUGAGCAAAUUGGCAAUCUUGAUGAUGACGACCAAAACGUUGACGAAAAAAUGUGGGGAGAUGGUACACCCGAACAUGAGGAUAGUGGAGAAGUUGUUGAUCAAAUGCAUAAACAAUCUGACCCAAAAGGUGAAAUGGAUAUUGUUGCAAAAGAAAAUUAUAGCGAUUCUAAACAGGAAUCACAUCAAUCCAAACAGUCAGGUGAAGAAAGUUUGAGUGGAGCCGAAGAAGAAAUUUCAAGUGAACAAAAUGAACAAAAUGAUGAUGAAUACGACAUGCAAAUUAAUGAUCAAACUAAGAUUGAAUUUGAUAUUCCUUCGGCUGAAAAUUUAGAGCUUCCAAAUGAUAUGAAUAUAGAUGAUCCUGAAGAUGAAUUUGACAAUCAAGACAAUGGAAAUGAAGUUCUUGAUGAUUAUGCUGAUAACCUUGACAAUGAUGAUCUUUCCAACAUGCAUAUAGAUGAACCUGAACUUGACGCCAUCCAAGAACCUUUCACGGAAGAUCAAGACGAUAGUAAAUCUGUCAAUUCAUUGGUAACUGAGACUAUGGUAGAUGAACCAGACAGCACUAAUGAUAUGAAUGAUAUUGACGGACAAUCAGAUAAAAUGGAUGAUAUUGACGGACAAUCAGAUAAAAUGGAUGAUAUUAACGGACAAUCAGAUAAAAUGGAUGUUAUUGACGGACAAUCAGAUAAAAUGGAUGUUAUUGACGGACAAUCAGGUAAAGCGACUGCUAUCCCAGAAGAAAGAUCUCGUAAAGUCUCACAAGAGCAUCUCACGAAAGAUCAAGACGAUAAUAAAUCUGUCAAUUCAUUGAUAACUGAGACUAUGGUAGGUGAACCAGACUGCACUAAUGAUAUGGAUGGUAUUGACGGACAAUCAGGUAAAGUAACUGCUAUCCCAGAAGAAAGAUCUAGUAAAAACCUUGAAACUUGUCAAGAAAGGCUGAACUGUAAUUUAAAGGAUGUCAAUCCCCAUAGGAGUCUUGGUGAUGCUCUUGAACAAUGGCAUCGGAGACUUGAAAUAAUUGAUGAAAAUUCGAGCUCCCAAUUUAAACAAAACAAUGAUCUUCAAAGUAACAUAGAGCAAAAAUUAAACGAAAGUAAAAAUUUUGAAUAUAUAAAAGAUGAUGAUGUUGCUCAUGAUCUUCAGGUGAUGGCUGCAGCCACUGAAGAUCAAUUAAAAGCGGUUGAAACAAUUGAUCAAACUUGUAAUUAUGAAUCUGCUUACGAAGACAAAGAGAUCGAAGAUUCCAUUAAUAUUCAAAAUGACAAAACUAUAUGUGAUGACACGGGUAGUUUACGACAGGAACUUGAAAUUAAAUUGUCAGAAUGGCGGCAGUCCGAUCGAAACAGUACCAAAGCAAGAGAACUCGGGCAAAAAGAUGAAAACCUUACUUAUGAUACCAUUAAUAUUCAAAAUAACAAAUCUAUCCGUGAUGACACAGAUAGUUUACGACAGGAACUUGAAAUUAAAUUGUCGGAAUGGCGGCAGUCCGAUCGAAACAUUACCAAAGCAAGGGAACUCUGGCAAAAAUACGAAAACCUUACUUAUGAUUUGGCUAAUGGUCUUUGUGAACAAUUGCGAUUAAUUCUAGAGCCUACCCUUGCCACGAAAUUAAAAGGAGAUUACCGGACUGGCAAAAGGCUCAAUAUGAAAAAGAUUAUACCGUAUAUUGCCAGUAAUUUUAAAAAGGAUAAAAUUUGGCUUCGCCGCACAAAACUAAGCAAACGACAAUAUCAAGUCAUGAUAGCAGUCGACGAUUCAAAAUCAAUGAAUGAAACUCGUUCGAUUCAACUCGCCUAUGAGACAUUAGCUUUGAUAUCUAAAGCAUUAUCGCAACUCGAAGUUGGUGAUAUUUCUGUUGUUAGUUUCGGAGAAAAGGUGCAAUUACUUCAUCCCUUUGAUCAACCGUUUAGCAGCGAAGCAGGGGCACAACUUAUACAUCAAUUUACAUUUGAACAAAACAAGACCUACGUCAGAUCAUUAAUGGAAGCAUCUAUCGAGCUUUUGGAACGUGCCAGAAACAGAUAUAAUGGUGUAGCACAGAGGAAAGAGUUAUGGCAACUUCAACUAAUAGUAUCAGAUGGUGUAUGUGAAGACCAUGAAACUCUUAAAUCUCUUGUCAGAAGAGCAACUGAGGCACAAAUAAUGGUUGUAUUUAUAAUUGUUGAUAACAAAUCAGAAAAAGAUUCUAUAACAUCGAUGAAUCAAGUCAAGUAUAAAUCGGUAAAUGGGAUAAUGACACUUAGUAUGGAACGAUAUCUAAAUACCUUUCCGUUCGAAUAUUAUGUGAUUUUAAGAGAUAUCAAUGCACUGCCAGAAAUUCUUGCUGAUACACUCAGACAAUAUUUUAAAUUAAACAAAGCUUUCUUCGGUUAUAUUUGUUUAUACAAGGGUCAUGGAACUGGAAUAUCCUAUUAG